CGAAAAUUAAAAAGCUCAAAACCCAAAAUAUUGAUUGAUUGAUUGAAAAUACGCUGCAAAUGUAAAUUAUUUUUUUCUAAAAAUUAACAAAUAGCUGAAUAAAAUGCGUCGAAAUAAUUUUUAGUUAACACGUCACUUAAGUGCUGGUCUUGUUUUUGUUGGUGUUGGUUCUUUGAGUGAUACGAAAUGGUGAUUCAAAAGAGUUGGAGUAACGUAGAAGUGACGCCUCAAAAUACGCCUGAUAAUUCGGCUAGCAGUUCAUGGAAUUUUCAGGCUCCGACCAAAACGCUAAUUGUACGUGCUAGCGACACAAGCGCAGCGAACAUGCAGAAACAGCCAAUAACACGGCAAAUUGCCAUCAACACACUUGCUGCUAUGCACCGACGAUUCAGCCUUCCCGGUCCGGUUCAACCUCAUUCAAGGCCAAUAGCAGAGUUCCGGGCGAGUGCUAACAAGUCCCUGGACAUGUUAAGACAGACCAUACAGUCAGCCGUCACGAGAGAAAUUGAUCAAGUCAUCAAAAAGUACCUGGAGAAAUUCUUUGUUCCUGCGGUUAACAAUAUAAGGCUGAAUUUGGGAGAUGAAUCAGUGAGUGAAGAUCAGGUGCGAGCAGUAUGCCGAGCUAUGUUGGACGCAACGCGACUCCUGUACACAACGCCGCCAAAACCUACCCCGUCACCUCAAGAACACAGUGAUUCUGAAUCCAACAAUAGCACAGACACCAAAUUCACCAAGCAGUUGCAGAGUCCAUCCCAAAAGCGCAAAGAAGUGGAACUAGAUACCGAUUUGGGCUUCAGACGCAAGAAAAUAAAGCAAGAAGACAAUUCAGACAGCGCUUCUUCGUCCCCUCUGCCGUCGCCAGCCCUAAGAGACCCGGAGAAGUGGAAUCCUUCAAGACUCACCCAAGACACAUUGUUCAUUAUGGGGUCUCAUGCACAUAAAGUCCUGGGACUGGGUAACUCGCGCGGGCGCUUGUACACCAGGCACGCCGGGUUGCUCCGUUACCCUGCGGACAGCGCUGAUAAAGAGUGGAUCGCCAGCCACAACUUGGUGAAUGCUGUUGGCGGGAAAACUUACAUCAUGGUGUUAGAAGACAUUGAAGAGCUGGCAAAAAGCGACGCGUACAAACACAAUUCCUUGCCGAUGCUCGGCGAACUUACGGGCUUCAAAGUCCCUCCGUUCAUGCUCCGGAAAAUAAAGACAUACAUCACUAAAAGAAUCAUGAGCACUGAAAAUGUAGAGAGCCCUCAACCGUCCACUAGUAACCCAGAAGAAGUGAAGCUGGAAGACAUAAAGAUAGAGCCACCGUCUUCGAACUAUGACAGCAAUAAUUUCAACGCCAGUCAGUAUAUCACUAGCUCAGAUGAUACCAGGGACUUCCCCGAAGUACCCAGUCUGAAGGACGAUGGAGAUUUCGCUGAUAUAAAAGUUGAGGACAUUGAUGACAUAAAGGUAGACAACAUAAAGGUUGAGGAUUUGGAUGAGAUAGACAAAGUCGAUGGAAUCAAAGUCGGCGAUUUAGAUGUGAGCGUCAAAAUUGAGAGCAUCGAUGACAUUGAUGGCAUUAAAGUUGAAGAUAUAAAACUGGAGAAUGACGAUGCGUUUUCGCUUUGUAAAGACACUGACGAUGAUCAGAAUCCAUUGAUCGAUGGGCUUGUGGAAGCCGAUAUUGAGUUUUUAAGUAGGAACUUGGGAAAUAUCGAGAGCGAUGCUGACGCUAGGAAGGCUAUUGAGAAACUGACGGGGGCUAAUCCAGAUACCAUUACUUUGGUUGGCGAUGAGUUCGACUUGGGAUCUACACUCAACAAUACAACUUUCACCACCAACCAGACAAAAUGCAUCACAGUGGCUUCGACCACAAGCGGAAUGAUCCACAGCGUGCCUGUGGCCCACAUCGCGCCUCCGCGUAUCACCGGCAGUACUGUGCAUUAUUACACCAGCGCUACUGUGCCACAGACGGGACAGCGGACUAUACACCACUUGCCACAAGCUACAGUUACCAUACAGAGCAUUCCGGGCUCUACGUCCCAGAUGAUACGAGGGAUCCCAAUCAACGCGAAAUCGGGCACGUUCAGCACAGUCAUGUCUCAAGGCACCGCCAGCGCCAUCAUCGGCUUCGGGACCCGCGCCAGCACCGCCACCCUGCUCACAGGCACCCCACAGUACGUCAAUGUCUCCUCCAAGUCCUUCCCCACAGGGAACAUACUACACAACGCGAUCGUCUCCCGCAAUAUUCUAAACCGCACCAACCUCAACACUGUCACCUCAGGCGUAUCGUUCAACGUGACAGCUGUCAGACCAGUCCUCCACACGACCGCCCCCAAAAUAAGCACGGUCGUGACAGCCAGCACCGGCUUUGACAACAUAUCGACGACGAAAGAUAUGAUCGACAACGCGUGCAACUCUUCGGUGAUGCUCAAAAAAGUUCUCACUCUAGGCAGCGCGGGCGCGGCCAAAUCCUUCAUGAUGCAUAACACCCAAAAGGUCCUCUCCACGGGAUUCGCUAACGGCGUCACUCCGCCGCCUAACGUCACGAUCGUGAGCUCUGGAACCAGUGGGGGAAUCAUCAACAAUUCUAUCCACACGUCUAAUAUCGUCAGUCCCACUUCUGGCACUUUGAGCGCUACGCACGCCACUCUCUCUGCGUUACUCUCAUCCGGCGAGGGAAAUCCAUCGCCUAAAAAUUNAAAAAAUUAAUCAACUAGAUUCCUUGUUCAGUAGUAUUACGAGUCAACGUUGAUCUCAUUAUCGAUAGAAUAUUCUUGAAUCUGCCAUUAUCCCUUUCCAAAUAUUAUUCUAGUGUUCUAUGGAAUGUUGUAUUAGUGUCAGAGAAUUUGAUGAUUGAUGUCUAAAAUAUAUCGAGUGAGCUAUAUUAAUAAUUAUAAUCGAUGCGGUAAUUAAAAUUGAAAUAUGCUUGCUUAAUAUGUCGCUCGAAAAAAUCCAAAAAUAACGCAAUUUCUAGUGUUUUACUAAAGUAAAAUCACUUUUAAAAUAUAAUUAUUACUCCUAAAGUCUGUUGUGUAUUAAAUUGUCGUCAAAUAGAACGUUCUUAAGUAUUAAUGUGGCUGUGUUCCUUAGUUAAAACCUUUUAAAAAUAAUUAGUACAAAUAAAUGUUUCAAUGUUUAUAAGUAAUGUUAGAUUGUUUAGACCUAGAAGCGUGAAUUAGCGUAUUUAGAAAGGGCCAGGGCUUUGUAAUUUAUUUUUAUUCCCUAAACAUUUUAGUAGAAUCUCUUCUUUUUACGAGACUGAUUCCUGCUCUCGCUUCUAAUAAGAAAAAUCCCGAGGGAAACUUCAACUAUCAGUCCGUAAUGAAAUCACGUAAUCAGAAGAAAAUAUUCUUCUUAUCUAUUAUUGUAACAGAUAGUGCUUCUUUAUCACAUUUAUAAGACAAGAGAAGCAAAUAUACGUGUCCCUUCAGAAUGAGUGUUUCCAUCUCAUAUUUUUUUC